ACCGCGGUGAUAUCUAAAAAUCGCACCCGCAGGCCGCACCGCAGUCGUCACCAAACAGCGCCGCGCUCCGCAUUGCGCUAGGGUUUUAGAACUCUUCCUCCGGUCCUCCCCGUUAUCCCUCCAAAAGGCAGCGCCCGCUAGGGUUUUAGCCGCCGCCUCCUUCCCUCUCCUCCUCCACGUCUCCUCAACAGCCGCUGCCACCCGGAGCCUUCCCGCAGCGACGCCAUGUGGGCUCUUCGCCGAGCUGGCAACCCCCUCAGGUUCCGUGCCCAAAAAGUUGCAAGUGCCCAUGUCUGUGCGAGUCUUGAGGUGCUGCUAGCUGCUGAUGCAAAGAAUGUAGAAGAGCACCAUGAGGCAGACUGCCAGAAAAUGUGCUGCUGUCAUAAACCAAGGUCACCAGCCUUUCAAUUGUCAUUUUCAUCUGGCCAGUUUGCUUGCAGUAGGGGUUUCUCCUCUCAGCCAGGUGCAAAUUCUGGUGACAAAGCUGAUGAGUUAGAGGACGGAUUUUCUGAUCUCGAGGUUCCACCAGCAGCUGUUCAAAACGAUGACGGGUUGGCAUCUGAAGAUAGUUCUGAUGAGGAUGCUGCUGACGAAUUUGGCUUGCCUGAUGUGGAUGCUGAUGCAAAACCUGAGAAGGAGCACACUAGAAGAUUAUCUGAUUCUAUUCUCCUCAAGACAUUAUCUGAUUCUAUUCUCCUCAAGACUGUGUUGGAAGCUCCGAGGCAUCAAGUCACUUCAGCACUUGAGAAAUGGGCAAAGGAUGGCAAUGCAUUUGAUAGGGGUGAACUCUAUUAUGUUCUUCUUAAUCUUCGAAAGCGGCAUUGGUACUCCAAAGCCUUGGAGCUUGUUGAGUGGGUUCAAAAAUCACAGCUAUUCGAAUUUGUAGAGCGUGAUUAUGCUGCACAUCUUGAUUUAACAGCUAAGGUCUAUGGUCUUCAUAAAGCAGAACAGACUAUUGAGAAAAUUCCUGCAUCUUGUAGGGGUGAGAUUGUUUAUAGAACACUUUUGGCCAAUUGUGUUUCUGCAUCCAAUAUAAAAAAAUCGGAGCAAGUUUUUAAUAGGAUGAAGGAUCUUGGAUUUCCGGUUACACAAUUUUCUUUCAAUCAGCUUCUGUUACUCUACAAAAGGCUGGACAGGAAGAAGAUUGCUGAUGUUCUUGCAAUGAUGGAAAAGGAGGAUGUGAAACCAUCUCUCUUUACUUACAAGAUUCUUGUAGAUGCCAAGGGUUCAGUUGGAGAUAUAGAAGCUAUGGAGAAAGUGAUUGAAUCAAUGGAGAAAGAUAGCAUUGAGCCAGAUCUCACGUUUAAUGCUACAAUUGCCAGACACUACAUAUUUUAUGGCCAGCGUGAGAAAGCAGAGGCACUUCUGAAGGCAAUGGAGGGUGAUGAUAUCCAGAAAAAUCGUGCUGCUUGCAAGACUUUAUUACCUUUACAUGCUUUUCUGGGCAAUAGUGAUGCUGUGGAAAGAAUUUGGAAGGCGUGUGAGGAUAAUACUCGCGUAGCUGAGUCCGUGUCUGCUAUAGAGGCCUUUGGUAAGCUUGGUGAUGUUGAAAAGGCAGAGAAGGUUUUUGAGGAUAUGCUUGUGCAUUGGAAAACACUCUCUUCCAAAUUCUACAACGCGUUGCUAAAGGUGUAUGCUGAUCACAACCUCUUAGACAAGGGUAAGGAACUAGCAAAGCGGAUGGAUGAGAACCGUGUCAGGUUUGGGGCCCCAACUCUGGAUGCACUUGUGAAGCUAUACGUUGAGGCUGGAGAGGUGGAGAAAGCUGAGUCCCUAGUGCACAAGCUAUCUAUACAGAACCACAUCAAGCCUAUAUACAACACAUACAUGACGCUGCUUGACAGCUACUCAAAGAAAGGAGACGUCCGCAACUCAGAGAAAGUGUUCAACAAGUUGCGGCAGUCCGGCUACACUGGGAGGAUCAGGAUGUACCAGGUGCUGCUCCAUGCUUAUGUACGUGCUAAGGCCCCUGCUUAUGGAUUCAGAGAGAGGAUGAAGGCUGACAACAUUUUCCCCAACAGUGUUGUGUCAACUUUGAUUGCCGCUACCGAUCCGUUUGUCAAGAAGAAAUCGAUAUCUGACUUGCUCGAUUAGGUUAUGGAGUAGUGUGAGAUCCAUCAUGUUUCCGUGCAACGCAUGUGCUGCCUUUUUUUU